AUGGAAAUGACAUGUGAAGGAUGUUCAAAUGCGGUUCGAAAAGUUUUAUCAAAACUAGGAAGUAAGACAUUUCCAGGCUCCUCGGUCCGAUGCCAUUCCUUUCUCCUAAGUCCAUAUAUCACUGUUACCACUAUUCAAAAUUCCCUGAUCAGUCCAGGUCUUAACUGUUCCUUCUCGCUUUUGAUGCCAACCAUCACAGGGUUAGCAACUAACGAAAUAUGCGUCAACUCCUGUGGUGGAGAAGGUGCUGCAACUAGCGAACGCGACAUUCUGUAA